AGAACCACUGAUUUUCCAGUAUGGCCGAUGUAUUUUGACAGAGCUCUGUACCAUAUCGAAAUAGUUGGUCCCUGAAAACGAAUUGUACUUAAUUGUGUGUCUUCUUGAACAACAAACAUGAGCUCUCAGAGAGGAAAUGCGUCAAGGACGAGGCCUCAGAAGCACCAGAACCGUUCCGCGUUUAAAAACAACCUUCACGACACUAGUAACCGCACCAAACUCAUCAACUCGAUCCAAGUGAGCGAUGUUUGCAUGAGAUGCAAAGAGAUUAUUGAGUGGAAGAUCAAGUACAAGAAGUACAAGCCACUGACGCAGCCAAAGACGUGCGUCAAGUGCGGACAGAAGGCUGUCAAAAAGGCCUACCAUGUCAUGUGCAGUGAGUGUGGGAAGAAUCUGCGGUGCUGCACGAAAUGCUGUCAGGACAAAGAACUCGUGCAGGUCGAGCAGCCGAAAGAUGAACAGCCAAGAUUAGAUGCCGAACUGAAAGCACUGCUCCAAUCUUUACCUGAAAGAAAGAGAAGAACAUUUUUGAGGUAUAUGAAUAAGAAAGACAAAGGAGAGGAACCCAAAAUCGAUGCAGGAGAAGAAGACAGAAAGGAUUUGUUUGAUAAAUUGAAAUCUUUGAAGAUAGAAGAAGAUGACGAUGACUUGGAUUUCUCAGAUGAAGAAGAAGAGGAGAGCGGAGAAGACACUGAUGGGUCUUGAGAGAUGUAUAUUAGGUUUGAGAAUAAAAUUAGUGAAACAAUGAAA